CCACAUAGAAGCCAACUAGCUACUUUUACAGAGAUUUUUUUUCAUCUUCGGGGGAAGUCAAACAGGAUGGGAUAGGAAACGAGAGAGAAAGACGAAAAGUUACCUCUAUAUUAAUAAAAGAACAGACUGCAAUACAUUUUUUUUUCAUACGGAAAAAGAGCUUAUGCGUACUCUGACAAUAUUUGCGGCAGAUUACCUUGGAGCAUACCUUGUAUUAUAAAUGCAUGAAGGUGUCAGUGUUUUUGCGGAUAAAAAAUAGCGCAAAGAGAAUUUCUGCACUUGAAUUUGUACUUCCGCGUACAAUGUGUUUUUCUACAAACGAACGGCAACUUUCGAACAGGAAACCUUAGACUGACUGCCUGUUCAUUUCACCUAUUUGUUAAGGAGCUUGAUUGACACGUGCUGGCCCCUCCCACAGCAGCAUGGACAGUGAAGAAGCCCAGGACGGGAAGCCGUCGGGGGCUCAAAACUCAAACCUAGCCAUGAGCAUCAUCGGCGCCGAGGACGAGGACUUUGAGAACGACCUGGACGCCGUGAGUACGGUGGAUGACCAGUGCAGUCACUUUAACAGCAUUGAGCUGCUGAAGGCCAGGCCCACUCACCUGCUGGUGUUUCUGCAGCAUGUCAUGCUCCAGUUUGACUGCACCCGCGUGCUGUGUUACCUCCACGCCGACCUCUUCAGACAGUUCAACGCCAAAGAGACCAAGAAGCAGUUUGUGGAUUUCUACAACACUUUCCUGGACAAGGGUGCAACUCUCAGAGUGCCGGUGCCCCCCAACGUGGGCUACGAGCUGGACCGCACUCGGCCGGACCUGCUCAGCGAUGAGGUGCAGAGAGGCUUCGCUCAGGACAUGCAGACCCUGCUGGCCCCAGACGUCCUGCGGCAACUGGAGGACUUCAAGCAGAAGAGGAUGAUGGGAAUGACCCCUAACGAGGUGGAGCUGGUGGAGGUGGAGACGCACCGGCCCACAGUCAGGUUCCCCAUGGAGAUGAAGGAGAAGGCCGUGGCUGAGGCCCUGCUGGACAAGAUGUCCGAGAUGCACCCCAUAAUCAGCACUGAUGAGGAGAAAUUCUCCUCCAUCUUUGGAGCAGUGGUCUCCUACAUGAAGCAUCUCGGAGUGAAGACGAAGGCCACGGACAGUAAGAAGUCCCGGGGCUUCUUCAGGAAGAAGAUUCCAGGGAUGAAGAAAUGUGAAGAUCCCGCCAAGUCUAAGCCGAGAGGCGGUUUUCCCAGCAUCCUCAGCGAGACGGCGCGCUGGAUUGGGGGAGGCAAUGUUGAAAUCAAAACGGCUAAAUUGGAGAACGAAGGUGACAGAGAGAAGGCGACCCAGGAGAGAAAGGGUUCCAGUGGCCCCGUCCCCUCCGCCCGCGGUGGGGCCCCUGAGCCCUGCCCGGCUUCCUUCCCCUACAGGAAGCCCACGCUGGCCUCUGGGAGCCUCCAGGGGUCAGAGGGCAGCGAGGGGUCAGGGGUCAGCAUCAGCGUGACCUCCAGCCCGGACUCCCCCCACAGCGAGAUGGGCCUGACCAGCAGCCGCUCGGACCCCCAGUCCGUGUCGGAGUCCGGGGACGUGUCGCCCGCGGGGGUCAGCGGGAACCUGUCCGUCUGGGAGCCCCUGGUCGCCAGCGACGCCCCGGCGGAGGAGGGCCAGGAGAAGGACAGACGCAAGCCCAGGCUGCGUCUGGGCCGCAGUGAGAGUCUGUGUGCAGAGAGGCAUCGCUCUCUGCGUGGGAACGGAGCGCGAGGGAAACAGUCCCGCUCCCGCAGCGACGUGGACCUGCAGGCGGCCGCCACCGCUGUGCACGCCCCCUCCCCCCUGCCCCAGCACCGCCUCCUUGGUGACAGCGGGGCGUCGCCCUCAGAGGGCUCCCUCCCGUGCCCCGCCUCUUCAGGCCCGCCCACGCCGCAGGAGGAGCUGGAGCCGCGCCUCCUGGAGCUGGAGCAGGACCCGCCCAAGUGGAGGGAGCAGGUGCCCAGCGACGCCCUCGCCAGCCUCAGCAAGAAGGAGACCAAGAGGCAGGAGGUCAUCAACGAGCUGUUUGUGACGGAGCACGCUCACGUGCGCAUGCUGAGCGUUCUGCAGACGGUGUUCUCCCGGCCGCUGGAGCAGGAGAACAUCAUGACCGUCACCGAGCUGGACGCCAUCUUCCCCAGCCUGGAUGAGAUCAUCGACAUGCACUAUGCCUUCUAUGAGAACCUGAAGAAGCUGCGUCAGGAGAGCAACUUCAUCGUCAAAUCUGUGGGAGCCACACUUCUGCACAUGUUUAACGGUGCAGAGGGGGAUUGGUUCCAGAAACUCACCUCUCGCUUCUGCAGUCACCAAUCAUAUGCCCUGGACCAGAUCAAAGCCAAACAGAAGAAAGACCCGCGAUUCAACACCUUCAUACAGGAGGCAGAGAGUAAGCCGCAGUGUAGGAGGCUGCAGCUGAAGGACAUCAUCCCCAUCGAGAUGCAGAGGCUCACCAAGUACCCCCUACUGCUGGAGAACAUCGCCAAGAGCACAGAGGACAACUCUGAGCGCAAGAGCAUCCAGGAGGCUGCAGAAUGCUGCCGCAAAAUCCUCAACCACGUCAACGAGGAAGUGAAGGAGAUGGAGAACCUUCUGAUCCUGAGAGACUACCAGCGCAGGCUGGACACGUCCGGCCUUAAGCCCAGCAACGACCUGUACGCGGAGUACAAGAAUCUUGACCUGACUCAGCGGCGGAUGGUCUACGAGGGGCCCCUCAUGUGGAGGGUCACUAAGGAGAAAGCUUUGGACGUGCAGUGUGUGCUCCUGGGGGACCUGCUGGUGCUGCUUCAGAGGCAGGAUGACAGGAUGGUGCUGAAGUGUCAGAGUAAGAGCAGCGCCGGGGUGCAGGAGGGCAAACAGAUGCUCAGCCCCGUCAUCAAGCUGGACUCCGUCUUCCUGAGAGAGGUGGCCACAGACCGCAAGGCCUUCUAUGUGAUCUUCACCUGGGACAGCGGGGCUCAGAUCUACGAGCUGGUGGCGCACUCUGUGGUGGAGAGGAAAAACUGGACGGAGCUAAUAAAGACUGAGAUGGACGAUCUGAAACAGAGCAGGAGCUCCACCAUAGAGCGGCAAAGGACCAGCAGCCUGGCAGGAGGAGGACUAAUGUACAGCCCCACUGCUCUGCAGCCUCCGUUAAGCCCCACAGAGAAUGGAGGACUGGCUCUGAAGAGCAGCUCUGAUCAAGAUAAGGACAGCCUGUCUGAAGACAAGGGUGGAGACUCCAGCCUUUCGCUGAUGGAUUAUCUGUCGACCAAUGGCUUCGAUUUGAUCGCCCACAAUAACUCUCCGCAGGAGAAGAUGGCCAAUGACGCACUGGAAGAAGUCACGUCCCUGAAGAGGAUAUUUGUGGCCGACCAAUCGGAGAACUCGCUGCCCGAGGGCGAAAACGGUGGGGUGGCUUCUGAUAGGCUGCAUCAGGAGACGGAGAGCGGCCAGUCAGCAGAAGAAGGAUCUGAUCUGCUGCUAACGACGGAUGGGGCGCAGGCAGGAGGAGGAGGAGGAGGAGGAGAUGAUAGAGAGACAAAGGAGGGAGAAGAUGGAGGGAUGGUGCUGUCGCCAGAGAGGGUGGAGGAGGUGCAGAGGCGCCUCCAAAGCCUGGAGCAACGGCUGAAACUGCUGCAGGUGCUGGAGGAAGAGCACCACCGGUUGCAGGGACUCCUGUCCAAGAUGGCCGUCUCAGGGCCCGGCCUCCAGUGAAGCCUGCUCACCUGCUGGACUCCAGAUCACUGUAGUUGCUGGACUUGAGGAGUGACUUUGUGGGAUGGGGGUGGGGAUUGAUUAGUGCUGCCUGGAGUUUCCCGUUUGCCCUCUUUGUGCUCAAGUGCCAUCUCUGCCCCUUCGCUGAAGAUUGACAGCGAUCGCAGCCAACCACGAGCUCCAGCACAGGGCUCCGCUCCAGUGCAGUAGCUCUGUGACUUACGAGGAGGAGUGUGAGCGUGAGCGCAUGCACGCGCGUGUCUGUGUCCGUCUGUCCAGUGUCUGUGUGUGUGAAGGACAGAGAGACAGGUUCCACAGCCGGGAGCAAUAUUCCGCUGUGAGUUACUAUAGACUGCUGCGUUAGUAACAUGCAUACACACACACAAAUACACACUCACUCAUUCUCUGUCUCACACACACAGACACACACAUGCACACACACACACGCACAAACACACUCACACACACACACACCCCAGAGUCUGCUGAGAGAAUGUUGUGCUGCCAGUAAAGUGAUUGAGGCUGACAAUUAGCCUGUUCCCCUCAUGACAGUAUUAAGGACAAUGAGACCUGAAGUCGCUCUUGCUCGUAUACAGCUAGCUGAUGUCUGCAGUCAUAGCCAAACUAGAUUUCAGCUUUGCCUAUAUUUAUUGCUAUAAAUAAUUGUAAUAUAUCUGUUUGAUGAUGACCUGUAUUCGGCCUUCCAUCAUUAAAACUAGUAGUAUGUGUGUAUAUGUGUUCUAUACAGUACAGUUGUUUUCUUAAAGAUAAAAGAGAUCUUUGAAACAGUCAUCAUGGAGUUACUUUGCCAUUUCCUGCUGUAUCUAAUUAGAAACCAUGGCCAAACGGAGGCGUGAAAUAUAUAUAUAAGGGUUUAUGUUUAGGUAUUUUAACGUGUUGAUUUUGCAUGGCCUGUUGAUUGCGAUUGUGCACAGGGGUGUGUGUUGUGUGCCACUGUUUGAGUAGGGUACAGGUAGGGGAUGUAGGUUUGAGAGAAAGACCAGGACACAGGGGCGAGUUGGUGAAAGGGGAGGGGAAGAGGGAGAUGGAGGGAGAGAGGAGAAAGAUGGAGAUGGAGGGAGAGAGGAGAAAGAUGGAGAUGGAGAAAGGGAGAUGGAGGGAGAGAGGAGAUGAUGGAGAUGGAGGGAGAGAAGAGAAGAUGGAGAUGGAGGGAGAGAGAAGCGCUGUUUAUUCAGCUGAGAUGACGUGUAGAUGACAGUAAGUGGAAGGAAGUGUACAGGUGUGGAGGUGUGUUUUACAUACUGUACUGUAAGAUACCAUUGCCAAUCACACAGCAUACCAGCACUGACAACGCUAAUGACAUUCAAACAUAUGCGCUUACACACACACACACACACACACACACACACACACACACACACACACACACACACACACACACACACACACACACACACACACACACACACACACACACACACACACACACACACACACACACACUUACCGGCACUGAAUAGGCUCAUGACAUUCAGACCCAUGCGCUUAGACACACACAUACACACACACACACACACACACACACACACACACACACACUUACCGGCACUGAAUAGGCUAAUGACAUUCAAACAUAUGUGCUUACACACACAAACACACACACACACACACACACACACACACAGUCAGACAGACCUCACACACAAACUCUUCCACACUUUUACCAGCAUACACACACAUACACGCAUGCAGACACUCAUGCACACGCAGACACACAGACGCACACGUCUGUAUCUUUGUACAGUAACAUGGUCACACAGGCCGUUUAAAAGCAUGUUGAAGCCAGACCUCUUCAUUGCAACUUCACUUCACACCAGAGUCCUGAUAAACAGGAGAAAUAUGAUUACACAGUGGAGAGGGAGGGGGGAGCUAGCCUAUUACGCUGUCAAAUACACUUUUAGCUGGAAUAUAAAUAUCUUUUGUAAUAAUAGCAAAAUUUGUAUUCAUAAUAUCUAUUUGCCGCAUAUAAACCCGGUUACAAAUUGUGUUUAUUGCAUUUAUUUUUUAGUGUUUUAUUUCAUUCCAAUGUAGAAAUUUCAUACAGGACCAAAGACACAAAGAUGUACCAGUAGUAUUAUUAUUAUUUUUUCAUAUAUAUAUAUAUAUAUAUAUAUAUAUAUAUAUAUAUAUAAUUUAUUGUUUUAAUAUAAUGAAGCGUAUGUCUGUGACUCUGCUGAACCAGGAAGCAGUGCUGUGGUGUAGCAGUAGCAGUAGCAGGGGCUUGGCUGCUGCGUGUAGACCGGCCGUCCUGCCCCAGACUCCAGAGCUGUAGGUCCCCUCACACUGUGACCUAGCGGGGUGCUCUUCACUCAGUUUCUGCGCCUAAUGAGCCGGGGCCGCGUUCCAUGUUUUCAGCAUGGGCGUCAGGCAGUCCCAGGGUCAGCUCUAAUGCACGUUUUUAUAUCCGCAGUAGUCUCUGGGGAGGACUGUCUCUUUCAGCAGACGCGUAGUGAAAGUCUGCCGUCUCCCAGGUGUACGGCGUUGUAACCCAUACGUGGCAGCGCGGCUGUGCAACCUCUCAAGCUCCCCCCUGUGGCCGGACUGUGUACUGCAGUGCAGCCUGUCCUGUAGCUAUUUUGGAUAGUGUCAUUGGUGUGCCAAUAUACAUGUGUGUCAGUCACCGUAGUGCAACAGACUGAAGUUGCAGUGUUCAUGAAUAGUGAGUCUGAAUUGACGUUAUCCUGUAAGACAGUGAUUGCGUAUGAUUAGACAUUAUCCUGUGAGACAGUGAUUGCAUAUGAGUUGACGUUAUCCCCAUCACUACCACUGACAUCCACAGCUUUAAGACAUGAAGGAUUGACAGCUGAGCUCUGGAGUCUGGAAAGGGAAUGGAGGCUGUGGUUUUGGGUUAUUAUUGCUAGUACUGUAAUUAAUAUCGCUGCAGUUGUUAUGAAUUAUGCAUUCUCAUAACCGUAGAAACCGCUAACCCUGCUGUGCAGCUAUGCAGUUGACAUUGCUAUUGUUAUUUAAUGAGCUGUAGGUAGCGUCUGUUACUGAGAUGUAUUUCGCUGAACUUUUGUGCUGCCUUUUCUCUGCCUGCUCUUCUUCUGUGGUAUCUGUCCUCCCCCGGUCCUCCUGCUCCACCGCUUCAGCCAGCCAGCCUGAACAGAUGCAUGGGAAGGGCGGGGCCAAAUGCAACCAAAUGAAGUGUCAAAUCUUUUUUUAUUUUUUGUCAGGGUUGUCGAUCUGUCUUUCUGUCUGUCUUAUCUGUCUGUGCAUCUUGCCUGUCUGUCUGGAACUCGCUCACUUAGUGUCGCCCCCCUCCUCCUCUGUCCUCUCCGCAACGAAAAGGAAAGAUCCCGCCUCCUUUCUCUGUUCUGUUUCUUCCAUAUCGCACAAUUUUGCUGUAUGUUCCCGUUUUGUACUUUUAUUUAUUUAUUAUUUUUUGGCUUUAACGGGUGGGAUUGGCUAUUUGAACAAAACAAAAAGUAAGCAUGUACUAUGCAUCUGCAGGUCAGAGAGUGAGACCCGCCUCACUUCCCCACACCCAGCGGUCUGAGCCUCUUCUGUCCUCAUAUAAGGUGUGUGUGUGCGUGUGCGUGUGUGUGUGCGUGUGCGCGCGCACGUAUUCAUUCAUGUGCAAGUGUGUGUGUGAGUGCAUGCAUCCCUACAUGUGCGUGUGUGUACAUGUUUGUCUCCUGCUUCUUCUCUCUCCCUGCUCAGUGCACCUCCAGUGUGAGUGUGUGAGUGUGUGAGUGUGUGAGUGUGUGAGUGUGCGAGUGUGUGAGUGUGCGAGUGUGUGAGUGUGCGAGUGUGCGAGUGUGCGAGUGUGCGAGUGUGCGAGUGUGCGAGUGUGCGAAUCCUGCAGUGGAUCAGACUGCUGGGGACCAGGGCUAGAUAGCGCAGUCUCUCCUCUCUCGCUCCAUAUGUAUGCUAUAUACAGAUACACAGUGAUAUGUAUGUUUAAAUAUAUUUAUAUAGAAGGGUGCCUUGUCUAAUGAUCAACCGUGAUUCUUGACAAAGGGCUUUCUGGUGAACAACAUUUUCUUCUGCUGUUGUGAACAAUUUGAGUUAAACGUCUAGGCUGUUUUGCAUGGAUCGAGGCCACGCCAUUUAAAAAUGGAUGGCAUGGGAAUAGAGUCAUUUGUAACAGCUAUACACUAGUACUUGUGAACUUGUUUGCAUCUCCAACUCUGGCCACCAAGUUACAUUGUCACCAGACGGUGUUUUGUACAGAACAAGCUUCGAUCACUGCUUGGGGCUCCCAGCAUGUGUCUAUCUAUCUAUAUGAAUAUACAAGAACUAUACUGUGUAUUUGGGCUUUCAUUUUAUUGUGCAAGAAGGUUUUUUUAUUAUUAUUAUUAUUAUUAUGUAUACUUAAGAGCUGAGGUACGUUUUUUAAUUAUUAUUUUCUUUUUUAAUAAAUUGGAAAACGUUCAACA